GUGGCUACAUUCCCAUCACCAGCAGGCAGCAGGUUCUCAGUGUGUUUGGAAGGAAUGACUGGAUUAUAAGGUGUCCAGUGCCCCAUGCUUCAUGUGCCAUGAACAGGCCAGGAACCCCUCUUUUCAUGUUCAUCAGAAAGAAGCGGGGACUUGAGGAAAUGUGGGAAUGAGCCUCUGAACUGGAACAUCCAAGAAUGGCUAAGGCUAGAGCCCAGGGUAGAAAGGAGAGAGGCCAGAGGAUGGGGGCAGGCACGGAGCGUGGCUCUUGGGAGCUGCUGCGUCCCUUCUUGGAAGAGCCCGGCUGGGCGGCCAUCGCUGUCCCUGCUGCUGGUCUGUGCUCCUGACUUCUGUGGCCUUCAGGGGGAAUAGCGUUCUCUCCUCCGUUGGGGAGAGGACAUGCUAGACCAGGUUUCCCCAUUGACUCGCUGUCGGACAGCACGGCCUGGAGCUGGGCUCCUGCAGAGUUGGUGCUGGUGGCUGCACUACCGGAAAGCCACCUCUUCCAGAAAGUUCUCUGGGAGGUCUACCACCUGCCAGGUCUUUGUCCCUCUUUCUCUCCUUCCAUAUUCUCUCUCCUCUCCUGGGAAACUUUGUUCCUUCCUGGCAGCGUGUCCUCCCUGUCAACCAGAUCCCCUGGGCCUGGAUCGAAUUCCGUUUCCUCCGACUUUCUUGGGUCGAGGCAGCUCUGCCCAGUGGUGUUAGCAAGGCCCUGGGGGGCCGGGCAGGAGCUGACUUGGUUCCCGUCGACUGAUUGCCACGGGUCCUGGUCUGUCCGGCUGGCUCAGCAGGCCUGUGCUCUGGCAAGGAGCCUUCCAUAUGUACCCCUCAUUUAGUAAAAUUUACCUUAUUUCCUAAACACCUCUGGGGCACAUGUUUUUAAGCCCAAAUCUCUUCCAGAGUUCUUAUGAAUAAUUAGUCUUACAGGAUGAAGAGUGGUGUGGGCAGGGUCACCUGUGCAGAGGGAAGACUCUGGUUGGUCUAGAUCAGGAUUUUAAAAAGAUUCCCAGGUGAUUCUAAUGUGCAGCCAAGGUUGAGAACCACUGGUCUAGAUCUUGCCCCCACAAGGAGCCUGUCCCCUGAGGACCAGGUGCCAUGCCGAGUCAUGACCCCUGUGGUUUCUGGUGUUGCACAUUUUUUUGUCAGGGGAGUCACGACCCAGACAGACCUGCUGCACCAGCCUGCAGGCCCCAGAAGACGGCAGACGUGCCCAGGGGGCAGCACCUUCCCAGGGGCCUGGUGCCAAUCCCUCCUUCCUGCUUCUCCUUGGUGCUUUGGGUUCAGGAAUGUGCAGGUGUCUUUGUCUUUUCAAAUUCACACACCUGGCAGCCAGGCGAGUAUUUCACGCGUGCAUGUGUAAAAAGUUGCCAUGACACCUUAGGCUCGGCCUUCCUCAGAGUGGAUGUAUGCUCCCGUCUUCGGUCCAUCGCUCACAUGCCCCUAUGGUCAGGCAGGCCAGCAUCGUUGCAGCUUCAGAGCUGAGAAGGCCACACUUCGGCAGGCACAGCGGGUCACGGUGGGGCCCGUGUUGGCCCACAGAGACUGCCAUGCUGAGCUGUCAGGGAUGACGGCAGACAGCGCCCUCGGUGCUGGCUACAGAGCCCCCCUGCUUUGUUUCAGGGCUCUGUUUACCUAUGAAGGCAACAGCAAUGACAUCCGUGUGGCUGGCACUGGGGAGGGGGGCCUGGAGGAGGUGGUGGAGGAGCUCAACAGCGGGAAGGUGAUGUACGCGUUCUGCAGGGUGAAGGACCCCAACUCUGGCCUGCCCAAGUUUGUCCUCAUCAACUGGACGGGCGAGGGCGUGAACGAUGUGCGGAAGGGUGUGUGUGCCAACCACGUCAGCACCAUGGCCAGCUUCCUGAAGGGCGCCCACGUGACCAUCAAUGCGAGGGCCGAGGAGGACGUGGAGCCUGAGUGUAUCAUGCAGAAGGUGGCCAGGGCCUCGGGUGCCAACUACACUUUCCACAGGGAGAGUAGCCGCUUCCAGGACAUGGGCCCCCAGGCCCCAGUGGGCUCCGUGUACCAGAAGACCAAUGCCGUGUCAGAGAUCAAGAGGUUCGGCAAAGACAGCUUCUGGGCCAAAGCAGAGGAGGAGGAGGAGCAGCGGCGGGCCCAGGAGAAGCGGCGGGCGGAGCAGGAGCGGCAGCAGCUGGAGCAGGAGCGCCGGGAGCGGGAGCUGCGGGAGGCCGCCCUCCGGGAGCAGCGCUACCAGGAGCAGGGCCAGGAGGCCAGGCAGAGCAGGAAAUCUGAGCAGCAGGAAGUGGUUUCGAGGAGCAGAGAGGAACAGGAGCCUGGUCAGCAGUCACCUCGGCAGAUGUUCAUGCAGAAGGAGAGAGCCGUGUCCACCGCAUCCACCUCCAGCCCCCAGCCAGGCAAACUGCGGAGCCCCUUCCUACAGAGGCAGCUCCCCCAGCCAGAGAGCCCCCUCGGCGGGGAGAGGGCUCACGCCGCCUCAAGGCCCAGCACAGGUGUCUGUGAGGAGCCCGCGCCCCGUGCCCCUGAGUGCCUGGUGCAGGCGGAGGAGGAGGCCCUGUACGAGGAGCCCCCAGAGCAGGAGACCCUCUACGAGGAGCCCCCCAUGGAGGAGCAGCAGGACACUGGCUCUGUGCGUGUGGACCACUACCCCGGGCUGAGCGGGAAGGGCCUCUGUGCCCGGGCCCUGUACGACUACCAGGCAGCGGAUGAGACCGAGAUCUCCUUUGACCCCGAGAACCUCAUCACGGGCAUCGAGGUGAUCGAUGAAGGCUGGUGGCGCGGCUACGGGCCCGACGGCCACUUUGGCAUGUUUCCUGCCAACUACGUGGAGCUCAUUGAGUGAGGCUGCCUGUGGCCUCGUCCCCACCCCACGUGGCCUUACUGCUGGAGGUGGCGGCGCGACACUGCACCCCAUCUUUCUGGCAUGGGCCGCAAAUGCAGCAAUAACCCAGUGGUUCCCACACGCUUCCAGCAGCCCCCACAGCAGGGGCCUCUGCCUUUCCUGUUCCCUGCAGCUCUGAGGGGUGGUGGUUGGGGAGCCGAGACGUGGACUCGGCGGCUCAUGCCCAGUCGGUCCCGGCAGCUCUGGCAGCAGCAGCUGGUCUGGGUCUUGCUCCGUGCUCCUGCUCCUCUGUCCCCUGCCUGGCUCUGGGCACUGGGGAUGGGACAACAAGGCCCCUGAGUACCUGGGCGCAGCGGCAAACACAUCUGUGCUCUUGCCUGCUGGCCCUGUGGCGACACCUGCCGUCUCCCCCUGUCCCAGACCCCCCUGCCCCCACCUCUGUUCGUGGAGUCAGCAUUGCCCACCCAGGCCCCAGCUCCGAUGCCGUGACAGCCUGGCGGCCCCGGGUGAAACCCACCUUCCUGGUGUCUGGGAGUGCUGCAGCCACCUGGACGAGGCAUAAAGAUUAAGAUGUGACUGAUGUCUCUUUCUCUCUCUCUCUCAUCAAUAAAAAUCAAAAAAUAAAAAAGGUUUAAGAUGUGA